CAGGUAAACCAUGAAGGCUACGUUUUACGAAGUCUUGUUGUUGGCAGUCUGUAUUUAUUGUGGCUCCAGUCAGAAUUUAAAACGAUGCUACGAUAGUUGUUCCUCAAAGGUAAAUUAAGGCAAAGUUACGUUAGUUAACUUAAUUAAUACUUGUUGUUUCCGUAAUAUGUAAAUUUUAUAAUAACAAAGUGAAACAGAAAGAUCUGAGCUUACGUGAGCUCGGUCAAAACGAGAAGUUUACCCGAUAACGUGCUCCAGUAUGUGGAAGUAUAUUGUUAGUAUGCUUUUCGUCGGUAAAAAUGGCACCAGAUAAAUUGCUGUAUAUGUUUCAAAACCGCCCUGAAUCCUUGCACGCAUAUAAAUGAAGGUUGUUUUAUAUAUUUCAACUAUGAUACUUUUAGAUAUUGGUGUAAGAACAGUGUUUUAAGGAAGUUUCGUGAAACGGUGCAAUAUCGUGACUUACACUAAAGUGAAAUCGAUUUCAAAUGUAACCGGCAACCGCCGGGCAAAAACAUUAAGCUUGGUCAGAUACUUGCUGUUCAAUUGCAGCUUCUUAUAAUCUCAUAUAAAAUUAUUUAUGUCAUUAAAAGUUUUAAAUUAUGCAAACAACAUUGAAUGAAUGGGUCUGGACACGUUCAAUUCAUGGAGUUCAAUUUACGCAAGAACCAAAAGAAAAAAUGAUCGAUCGUGAACUUGGAGUUGCGUUGUAUUUUCUUUUUAUUCAGACCGCUGCUCCCGUUCAUCUGUUUCCGUAAACACUGGUUCUUUUCAGGAAAGAGACCCUCUUCCCUUUCAACAUUCAUAUGAUGCGUGUGAAUAAUAAUUAUAUGAAAGGAAUUUAAAUGUAAACGAUUACUAAGCCUUAGCAGUUGUGUUAUUUUAAAUGUUUGCCGUAGAUGCACCCUAAAUUUCUUUUAAAAAUUCCAUGAGACGUACGAUCGCGUGUAAUCUUUACAAUUGGGUUUUUCAGUCCGUUUUAAUUAACAGAAUAAUAAUUUUGUCUAUUCAAACACAAAUUUCGCGGAAAAUUUCCUGUUUUACGAGUAUGCCCUGAAAUGAUCAGAACAUUUGAGCUCUUUCUAUAUCGAUCUUCACUCGGAAGCGGUUUGGUCAUAAAACCUCCAAAUUGUUUUUCAAAGACGAAAAAAUCACGUGAAAAUUUAAAAUCAAUAAAUUUGCUACAAAAUAUCAAAAAUGGGAAAAAUGGGCUAAGGAAGACAAAAUAUAACAAAAUAUAACACUUUGUUGUUAUAACUUGCAAGCUAUACAUACACUACAAUAUAUACUACCUGUAAAAUUUUAAAAAGAUAGCCGUUUAGAAGUAAUGACGUUUACUAAAUCAAAAGAACAAAUCUAAACCUCUCAACUUCCGCUUUCGAUCGGGAAGGAUAAAAGAGCUUGUUAUAAAGACGCCUGGUUUCAUUAUGUUGAAAAGUGGAACCAAGGAACGCGGUAUAACGAUCUUCUCGAUAAGUAACGAAGACCUCGGUAUAACGAAUGAUAUUCUUCGAUAUUUUGUGGCCGAUUGUAGCUAAAAAAAUCUAUCCCAGCAUGCUCAAGUUAAACGCUACUGAUUUUUGUCACAUUUUAUUAGGUAUUCAAAACAUCAAUGUAAAAUUAAGAGCGACAUACAGUCAACUCCCUUUAUAGCGGCCAACCACGAGACCUCGAGUUAGUCUGGUUAGUGGCCUCAUUAGCGAGAGUCCGUAAUAGCUGGAGUUUAUUUCAGUCAAACGCUUGUAAAUUAUUAUUUGCCUGGAAUUUAGUUGUUGUCCGUAUUAUCGCAAGAAGAGAGUUGACUUUAAAUGAAAAUAAGCUCAGUGAUAUUUUGUGACUAAUCAUAUUGUUAAACUGCUUCAGAUUCCAGAUUUCCAGAUGUGUAAUGAAACCUGUGAUCAGUUAGCUACCUUGGCAAGUAAGUAAAAGGGACUCCUUGGCAACAGAAGAAAGUGGCUGUUUUAGAGAGGUCUAAACAAGUGUCAAUGUAUGGAAUUUCUGCCAAAAAUUGGCCGCUGUAGAAAGGUGGCCGUAUGGAGGUUCAACUGUAUAUUGGCUUUCUGUCCUGACAGAAGAAGCGACCACAAACUGCAAUUUUCACUCAUGAGCGAGACGAAAAGCACCCCUGUCACUUUUAUGUAGGAAUUUCCCCUUGGGGGGAUGGAGGGUACUUCCUCAUAAGAGAUGUGCCGCUGGAUGGGGUCGCAUUUUCACGACUGGAUUGAUUAUAAUGGGGUCGCAUUUUCAAUAGAGUUACUAGAAUGGGGUCGCACAUUUCCGGAUUUUGUGGGGUAAGACAGUUCUUCAUAAUUACGGUAAACAAAAUUACCAGAAUGUUUGUACUGUAGAUGAAAAGUAAAGUGUUCUUCAUUCAACUUAAAAAAUGAGUCAAUUCGUAAAAAUAGAAAGUGGCUAAGUUGGGACCACGAAAAUUACCUAUUUGCCAAAAGGGACUAAGAUGGGGUCUAUAAUUGGCCACAGAAUAGAGUAUAAUGAGGUAGGGGCUCUGAGAGGCCAGCGGCACAUACUCAACAAAACUUACUGGCCAAGAACCCCCCACCGGGGUAUUCCCCCUGGGCGAAUAAAAAUGCUUUUCCCACACAUAGGAGUUGCUUCAAAGGUUUCACUGUGUGAUUUUAAGACUUUCUGGCUUGAAAAUGACAGUAAUUUAAGAGUGAUUUUCUGUAAAAUUCGAACUUCGGCCUGACACGGUACCUCAUCGAUUUGGCUGAUUUUUGGCAUGUAGUCUUAGAAUGGUGUCCUAAAUACUGAAUGCAUAUUCUAAGGUUCGAAUUCUCGUUGGUUUCAAAGAUACAGGAAUGACAGUUUUGACGAGGCCUCGAGCGGCCGCCAUGUUGGUGAGCUGAAGGAGAUUUACAGUAAUUAAUUCUAGCCUUAUCAUUAAAAUAACUUAAUCGUGACUCAUACAGUUGCAAAGAACUAUCCUUCCUCCUUUCAUUUACCUACUCUUAUCUGAAAAUGGUUAAGCCUGAGCUACGAACGGCUAUAACUUCUCACAGCACUUUUUCGGUACUUAAACGGUACACAAAUUUGGUAGAAAUUGGAAGGCCAAUAUCACCCAUGCCACAUCGAUUUAGACUAAGCCAUUUUAACUAAACAUAGUUUGUUUAUAGCUAAGUUAGAUUGUUGAAUAACAUAAUUGGGCAAAUGCAACGGAACAGAAAUAUGAUUGCAUGAAUGCGCAGUGGUUCAGCCACUUGGCCGCUAAAACUUCAAAACAAAAUUCGGUGAAUAUUUGAAAAGAAAAUUCUUUAAAAAUUGAUCGUGCCUCUUAAACCCUAUCUAUCGCUUAAAAAACCCUCCCUUGAAAUGUAAACAGGUGAUCUUUUGAUUCUGAUCUUGCGAAGAGCUUGAAAUAUGCGCUAAAAUGAAAAUUAUAAAUUUUGUUACACACGGUACUAGCUCAAGUUCGCUCUUCGAUUUCCCAGACCAAUCGGGAGCCGCUCGUUUACUGCACAGUUACAAUUUUCUCUGUAGUAUUUCGCUGUAUACAGCUACAAAUUACAUAUUUUGUUAGGCAAAGAUAACGCAAACGUUGUCAAUUUUAAUCAAAAGGCUAGAAAAACCAACCGUGCACUGUAGCUUUAUGCAAAUUGUAUGGUAUUCGAUAAUUACACGUGUAAACAGGAACCUACCUUUGCUAAUGUACACUGUUUGGCAGAUCUUUCCAGCGUAAGAUAUAAAACUAGUACAUGAAAUGAAAUUAAAGAACUCAUCAAGUCAAAUUACCUGAUCGUACCGUCAUUACUGAAUAAUAAGUCCGCAAAAUAUGACAUGGAAUGAUCGGUGGGAGACGAAGCUAUUUUUAGGAGGACAACGAACUGCACGCUGGAACGAAACUGAAAUGAACAACCUCAAUCAAGUUCAGUCUUCUUUACGCGAUUAAACGUUUCCCCCGAAUUUGAACAGGAAGUUGUUUUCUAUUUUCUUUCUCAUUCUUGCAUGUAUUCUGCAGUUCGCCCACUAUUUUUUCGUAACUUUUAAUUUUCUAGCUAACUGGAACUGUUUAGAACUAACAACCCCCCUCCCCCCUCCCCCUCUUUGAGUGAACUUUCAUUCGGUCUGAUUCACAAUAAUUUUCGAACGGUGACAAAGUGAUAUUUGAAAUGACAUUUUAUUUAAUAUUUUUAAAAGCUCCUUCUUUUUUUCCCGAUAGCCAGGAAUGUUUUGAACGUAAAGGCUCAAGUGGCGGUGUUUUUCACGACUCUGCUUGUAGACUGACCUCACCACCAGUACCACGGACAUAAAAUCUGAUCGGAGGGGGUCAUACAGUAACUGAUGGGUCUCUGAAAAGCGAAAUGCAGUCACGUGGGGCGAGUAGGCUAUAUAGAUGAUGAACUCAUUGUUUAUAACCCCAUAACCGUAUCCCAAAAGUCGAGCCAGCCCGGGGCGAGCGAACACAGUUUUGGGGCCACUGGCCACGCCCUUAUGUUUAGCGGGAAAUUGGUUGAUUAGUCAAAUCUCCUUAACUCCAUGACCAUGCACCUUUCCAAAUAUAGCCCUUCUUAUCAUCAUAUAGUUAGGGCCUCCCGUAAGCAUUUGCAACUAUUUUGAUUUGUAGAAGACUGUUUAACAGUUUUCAUUACUUUAAUGUCUCGUAAACAACACGAGGUACAUGUUCUGAUCUCUCCCCCCACCCUUCCCCUAUCCAUAACAAAAAAUUUUCAGACCAACACUGAAUUGCAUGAAGUAUGUACAAAACUAUGACCGUCUCGAGGCAAGGUUCAUCACUGUAACUUACCACAUAAAAGCCUUUUCGUUGUUUGCCAUCGACUGAUUCUGUUCUGAAUACUAAGGUCCCAUAAACAACGCCACGUUUAGAAAGAGCCCGCCCUUUUCAAUCCAAGAAAACCCAAGUAGCGAUUUCACCAACGGACAUAAGCCGUAAGAAAAGGACCGCGUCAAAUAGUUCAUGAAAUCACAAACGCCUCAUGACACCUUUAAUUCACUCUUUCUUCGAUAAACUAAUUUUUAAUUUUUUAAGCAUAAAUGACAUCAGAAUGCGCGAUUAUGAGCAUUGUAGCUUAUGAAAAGAAAAUUUAACACCUGAUGCACAUGAAAGCGUCUAAGAAGGGGACUAGGGGGAAUUAGGAACAUUGUGCUUACCCCUGCAAAAAUAUUGGCUAGUUCUUUGAAUAGACUCAAUUAAAGCCGUUUUUGUUCAGUAAGGAGCUGUUAGUUGGGGGGAAAGCUACAUAAAGUAGAUCGCAUCAGAAUACGGCAUAGGACUAGGCUCUCAAAAUCGAUAAGCUGAAUGCAAGACCAAUUAUUAUGUAAAACAGAGAAAAAUUCCUUGAGGGAAAAAAAUUAUGGCUAGGGAAAAGACCCGAAGGUGGAAAGUUAGGAUGGUAGCUUCUUUUCAGGUAAUCGAUCAUUUACGUUAACUUCCGCUAUCCGACGGGCAUAUCGGAAAGACUGAAUGGAUGAGAGUAUAACACAUUCAAGAAGAAACAAAUUUGUGAUUUUUCACAACUCAAUAAAACAACUAAAAUUGUGUACUACUCGGUUAUACAAGAUUUUCGUUUUCAAUUUCAGAUUUUUACGAUGGGUCAUUAGCCCCCGUACUCACUAGACACUACUUUACAAUCAUCGUGUUAAAAUCAGUGAAAUACUCCAAAACAAUUUGGAUUCCUACCCUUAUACCUUUAUUAAAAAUUAAAGUUGGGAAGUUUGUUGUCUUCUAAAAGUAGUUUGAACAGCCGAACGACAUUUUUUUACACGGAGUGGGGAAGGCAAAGCUUCACUUAUCUCUUCUAAGGUAGAAAGUGUCAGCAAAACGUGAGAGUCGUCCUUGAGGGUAAAGUGUCUAACCUAAUUUUCUCAUCGAUUGCAAGUGCCAUUUCAUCCACGCAUAACCUCACCUAGUUAACAGAAUUAGCAAAUGUAGUGGGGAAACGUUGCGAGAGAACUGAGUAAGAUGUAAGGGUAAGUUUUGGAAAUUUUCCGCACACCUGGAAAGUCCUGGCUACGCUCCUGAUAGAGACUUUUGCUGGAGAGAAAUUGAAACAUGUUCGCUAAUAUAGUGACGACCAGAAAGGACAAGCCAUAGGAUAGAUCCAGAAAACCACCCAUUAAAAUAGAUCACAAAGUUGUCGCGGCGGAGGAUGAACUUGAAGGUAUCUGAUGAAUUGCAGUUUUUCAAGGGGAGCCCAGACAAGAUUAUGUACGAUGGGCACAGCUUGUUUGAUCUGGAAAAUUUAGAGAAGCUCAAGGCAAAUCGCUAGACAACACAUGCUAGAGCUGAACUAAAAAUCUUUUGCGCCUUUGAACUCUGUCCCUAAGGGUAAAGGAGAAGUUUCCCUUUAUCAAUGCAUUAACCGAGUUGAUUAUGAAUGUCUCCUUAUGUUGGACGUGUUACUAACAAGCACAUUACCACUACUUGCCCUCAGAGGCGUUUUUCAUUUGACGAGCAGAGAAAAUUACUAGGUUUUGACCGUUUGAAAUUCUGGAUACCAGAGUGAAGACGCCUUUUGUAUGAUGACGUCAUCGUCCUACAGUAAAAAGCGUUCGUUUUUUACCACUGAUAUUACGUCAAUCGGUACACUUAUGUUGUCGAAAGGUCCGUGAGCAUGGUAAAUGAUUUUACCUUAAACUGCUGACACAUCUUCAAUCACUCCUUAUUGUUCGCGAUAUCGGAUAAACACUCUGGUCUCUAACUGAAUUUUCUUUGCUGUUUACUUUAUUUUGAAUUAGGACUGUCAGGAGUUGUCCAUGCAUUGUCUAGCGAUUUUAAGCUUUUUCAAGGAAACAAAAAUCUGGAAUUGUCCCUAGGGUGAGGCAUUUGCGCACAGUUUUAAAGCCCUUCGGUGGGGUGACUGUGGUUUUUGCUGUCCCGGGCUCAUCCCUCAUUCUUAUUAACCCCUUCCAAACCAAUUUUUCCGUUUAUCAAGAAUCUCCUCAAAACGGGCUUCGUGAUUGAGACAAAAUACCUGAAAAUUGUACACGGAACCGUUGUUAACGGUGUACAAGGUAGAAUGAGUCUAUUCAUUACUUUGCCAACUCCCAAUUUUUAAAACCGGAAGUAAUGAUGUUUAUUUCAAGGGCUCACGUCUCAUGAGUUUUGAGUAAAUCUUCAAACGCUGUAAACACAUGUAGCUGGAACUAUCAUCGCAUCGAUGCUCGCUCACUAAUAAUGAUAACUUAUAUCAAUUUCCAUUAUUUAUUGCCUGGCUAAGAUUUACACGGAUUCUUCAGUUCAGUUGUUUGAAACCAGACGGUUUCACGUGAGUUGUAACGCCAGGCAAGGAACGUGACGACCCGCGAUAUGCGUGGGAAAAAUAUUACUUUUUUCGAUCAAGGUGGAAACUGGCAACUUUGUCGUCGAGUAAGGUAAUACAUCUCAAUUUUCAUUACUAUGGUUAAUUUUAAAAGCUCUGGUUUCGGUAAAGGAACUGGAGGAAAAUCAGGAAAAUUCCAGUUCGACUGUGAUGGUUGAAUUUUGUUUACGAGUCAUAGCAUAAACAUAACAAAUUCAUUUUCCUUUUCCUUAUACAAUCUGCCUUUUUUUUAUACUGUUUUUCGCAGCAGAGUUAUCGAUUAUAUUACAGAGGCUAAUUUUAUUACACAGAUCACUCAGAUUUAAUGACAGAAACUCUAUUAUCGAUUGUAAUUUUGGCAACACCUGGCGAGUAUUCGGUGUACAGAUUAUUGACAAAGUCGCUAGAACAGUCUUCCAUUCAUUACUUUUGUUUCUGCUCCGUUAAAUUUGCCCAAUUUUUUUAUUAAUGAACUCGAUUUAACUACAAACAGUGAGUAUUCAGGCAGAUUGGCAAGCUUCAAUGCGAUGUGGCAAAAGAGAUAUACGUCUUUAAAAUUCUGUUAAUUUUGCGGGUGUAAAAAAUUCAAAAAGUAUACCCACCAAAAGUUUAAUCGAUCGUUGCGAAAACGUUAUCAAUUUCGAAGUAGUUUCUAAAAAUACAAUAAAGAGGGAUUGUUCUUUCAAUCUGUAUUGGCAAAGGAAGAUUAGCUUUGAAGACAGGGUUGUAGUCGAAGGCUCAAAAGCAGCUUCUAUUAACCAAUAUGGCGCCGGUCCGAGGCACCCAAAAACCGGCCAUGUCGAUAAUUUCCGAAGUAGGAGGAAUUAGAACCUAAAGUUACCUCUUCCUUAUUAAAGACCUCAAAUCAAGUCUACAUGCCAAUUUUUAGCCAAUUCGGUGAGAUAGUGUGGCAGCGCCUUUUUAAUAUAGCUCGAAUCUUACAGACAACUGCUCUUAAGGUCUCGGAUCGGAAAUGGUGUUUUUUUUUAUGAGGAAUAUCUGAAGUUAGAGAAGAGUUUUAUGCAAAUUCUUCUUUGCCCAGGAAAGGGUCAACUUUUUCCAUAUCUGCCAGAGAUCGGCAUCUGCGAUGGGGCUUUCGAAUUGACACUUUGUUAAGGUUUUUGAGGCGCAAUUAGGUACAGCUUUUUUUCUAUUUAAGCUUUAAAAUAUAGAGAAAGAAAUUUUUUAAAUUGGUCUUGUAGCUGACAGCUAAGAAAAACGUAUACUUCAUUUGAAAUGAAAGUUUAUAGCACGCUUCUUGUUUUAAGGUUAAUGUUGUUGAACUCAUUUGGAUAGGUUGCUAAUGGUUACCUUUCUAUGGGUCUGUUAUUAAAGACUCUGCUGGUACAAAGCUCAAAUUCGACACAGCCAAAAUGCAUUUAUAAGGCAUUUUGUUCAUUAGGUUUAACUUAAGAUUUCGAUCGUUGCCGUGGAAACAUGAAUAAUUUAAAACAACACUAAAAUAUUGAAUUUUGUAGCUUUAUGCAAAAUUCACUCUUCAGAUGUCUUUAUGAAUUUACACACAGCCACCUUAAACUUCACCAGAAGUUCCAUGAAUUACUACCCCGAGCUUAGGCUAAUCAUAAAAGUUGAAUACCGUCAAUUCUCUAUUAAGCCCCCCUCCACUCCCCUCCACUCCCCCUUAUUAUUUUUUACUGAUAAAUGAUGGACUGUAUUAAUCAAUCAUGACUAUAAAACUUCAUUUGGACUGAUCCAGGAUGGUUAAUUCACCAGCUGAAAGUUCAGAUUUGUGUUUGAUCCUUGGCUGCAUGACCUCCAACUUUUUUGACUUGAUCUUUUUCUCUAUGCAUUCUAGUUCUUUAUUUAGAACUGAUACCAUUGUCUUACUAAAUUAAAUAAGCCCCCCCCCCCACCUCAUGUUUGGAAUAAAUAAGCCCCAGGGGGGCUUACUAGAGGAUUUACGUUAGUUGUUAAUAGAGCUUUGAAUAUUCUUUUAUUCAAAUUGUUGUUAUUUUUUCUCUUACAGAAAGCGAUGUAACAUUGGUGCCUCCUACUCCAAAUCCACCGCUCCUACUUUCUUCAGAGUACUUCGAGUUUACUCUACAGUGGACAGAAUAUAGUCAGCUUCAUAAUGAUUCUCCAGUUAUUUUUGUGUUGGAGGUCAAGAGGCAUGAAAAUAUUUCUGAUCCAGCUUCUUUCUUGCCAGUCAUAAAGAAAUAUCACACGGUAAGCAUUUGUUAGCAUCAGUAUGCGUGGUCCCGCGGAGAGGAACUACUAAACAAAGUUUUAUACUGGGAGGUUCCGUCCCAAGGUCCAAGCCCUUACCCUUUUAUAUACCAUUUUUUACAGAAAAGGUACCUCACUCGUAUCUGCCAUUGAAAAAUGGUACUCCUUUAACAUACCUUCUUAAUACGAAUAAAUCGCUCAAACAUGAAGUCUUCUUGUCAUUUAAUUUUCGUGUAACGUUUGAAGUAUUAAAGUGAUAUGGUCAUAAGGCGCGUCUUUUCGAAACAAUUCAAUUAAAAAACCUUUUCUUAUACUUAAAAAGUAUAGAAGUUCCCACCCUUUCAUAUGAAAAUUCCCUACCCUUUGAUAUACUUGAAACCUGAAAAAAUGUACCCCUUUCGGGCGUAGCAAAGGCCAAUACUGAUAGGAAGUGCCCUUCCACCAGGGAGUGCCGGGCUGUAGCCUUCGAGAAGAAACUUCUUAGUAUAUUCGGUACGUCUUAAGAAAGAAGCUUCUUUUAUUUCUUGCAGACGAAUUUCACAACUUUCAAGAUUCCACAAGAUUUUGUCACCAAGACAAAUUUCUCUUUUCGUUUAGCAGCAAUAGCACUUCAAGGCACCUCCAACUUCUCGUCGCCGAGUCCUCUUUAUACAACAAAUAGUAAGCUUCUUGCAUAUUUUUAGGGGGAGGGGGGAGGGGGGCUAGUGUUGUUGUUUAAUUUUUAUUGCCAUCAAAAUCAUCGUUGACCGUAUAUCUACUACAGGAGUUAAACUGUUAGAGACCUCAUUCAAGAUAAAUAAUAGAAAGUCAACUUCAACUUUUUUCAACUAGAAAUAUCUAGAACUGACCUGAACUUAGUUAGCAAGGCUAAUCGAGACAGGCUAGCUUACAUAAUAUCACACGAGCUGAAUAAAUACCAAACUUAGACAUUAUAUUAAUCUAUAGUAUUUUAUAAUAUACAAAUACUAUUCUACCUUAAUAAAAGGAAAAAAGGAGGCCAGGGAAUUUUAAAAAAGGACAAGAGAAUUACUUUUCCAUUUUCACAACAAUCGUGUCUACGUCAAUUUAAGAGUCUUCAGUUUGAAGGAUAUCAAGUAGCGUUCCUUUUCAUUAUCUUUUAAAGGGCGUUUUUGGUCUCUUUUUGGGUCCCGUUCAAAAUUUUGACCCCAAAGACGAAAGAACAUUUCGUUUGACAAAAGAAAAAAAAUCCGUUGUCGUUUGUUUACGUCGUGAAUUUCGCCUGAAAUAGGGAAUUUCACGUCGUAGCCGUGCAGUGAAGACAAAAUAAUCAGCAAAAAUUAAGUGGGGUGCAUGUGCAGAUUUGUUGUUGUUGUUUUUGUUUUUUUCUAACGCCAAUAGAAUUGAUUUUUAACGUUACGUUACCGGCGUCGUCCUUGUGGUCAGGUAGACUCCCUAAUAUUUAACAAUUAUUCCUCGAGCCCGAAUGGGCUCUGAGCCAACAUGUUCAAUAGCCGAUGAGGCCGAUAGCCUGUUCCAGGCGUUCGGAUGGUGGGGAGCGGGCAAAAAAUUAGGACACCGGCGAAAAAUUGACGAGGGAAAAAAUUUGUGCUGGCUGCGUAUGAUUUAACUUGCUCCCCACUAACUAAACGCCUGGAACAGGCUAUGAGGCCGACGGCCGAAUGGGCUAUUGACUCAGAGGCUAUGAGGGCGAGAGGAAUAAAUCUUUUAGUAAAAUCCAACUAGUUGGUCAUAAAUAUCGAGAAAAAACAACUUUAGCGAGCAAAACACGAUUCAGCCGCCAUUGUUUUGGUUUUCAAAGCCUGUUCAAAGCCGGCGCUUUUCGCUACUAGUGGACUAUAACAUAUAGCCUAGUAUUAGCUCAACCAAUCAGAAAGCAGCAUUGAUAAUAGACCACUAGUUGGAGUUUACUAAAACCCGAUAGUUUGUUUCCACCUCUUAACGACAUUCUCGCCAAAACCCAUGUGGUGGAAUGACGACGGGUGUCGCGUUUUCCCGCCAAAAUGACACCACUUAGUAUUUGGAAGCUUAAGCAAUUCCUCGUCUUGAAAUCUAAAGGGCUGGAUUAUUGAUCGAUCUACCUAAUUCUUCAUUUCAUUCCCAGUCGUAUCCAAUGAUUUCUUAUUAUCACCAUUUAGGAACCUCACUGACAUUACGUAACUAUCAUCGUCAUCAUCUUCAUUAUCAUCAUCCUCUUCUUCUCAUCUUAUCUUCUGAUAUUUCUUUUAAAGAAACUGUGUCGCGAAAUUUCUCUAAUUUUAAGCAGUGAGAACCACCACCAAUUUAAGUGAAACAAAAAUAUCUGCUCAAAACAGGAAAAUAGCUUAUAAACAACAAGGCAAAUACAAAAAUAAAGAACGAAUGGACAGUGUUACAGAAGAUUGAAAUGGAUGGCAAUUGUGCUGUUUGAAAACUUAUUAUCCUAAAUGUUUUCCAAAUUUCAUUUGCGUGCAUGGUUUGUAAUGUUUGAUAUAAUGCUUGUGAGACAUACUUGUUUGACACAAUGCAAAGCUGUGAUUUUGUCAUUUACAAGUAACUUCUCAAGUUUCAGAGCGAAUACUAGCCUGCGUAGCAGGCGCUUGGAAGUAAUGGGUGCAAGAAAGAACGGGGCGCGCGAGGGAGACACGCGAGGAGAGAUCGAGGUAGCGCCUGCCCGAGAGGGCCAUGAAGGUCGUUUUCACUCGCUUUCUGAGAGUGCGGAAGGUUCCUAUUGUUCCUAUCUCAGAGAACAAUAUUUAGCUUUUUAUAAUACACAGCAUGCAUUCUUGAAAAAGUAUCCAUUUUUGACUCUGUUCUCUUCGUAUUUAUCGUGCCUUUGGUUAAAAACGAUUUAAUAUUGUGUAUUUAUCAUCGGUUUAUUACUCCAUCGCUCUAUAAUCAGAUAACCUAGCUGAUCUUUAUAACAGAUAUAUUUAGGCAGUAAAUGUACAAUUACAAUGCCUUGGCACGCUUUGUUCGUGCGAGGUCAAUCGUUUGCAGUGAAAAUUUUUGACAGAUCACGCAGUGGCUGCCAGGUAAUUGUAUAGGGGGCGGGAAACAAUUUUCAUUGGCCUCUCGGGCAGGCGCCCCCUCCUCCCUCGCGCGCCCCGUUCUCUCUUGCGCCCAUUACUUCUGCGCACGCUACAGCGUUUUUGACAUUAUUAAUAAACUGAACCGGACAAUCGCGACACAGCCCCUUUUAACAUGCGCGCUUUUUCUCCUUUUUUUUUUUCAGGUACUUGUGAGAGUGGACAGGACAUUUUUGGUAAUCCUACUCCAUGUCCGGUGUUCAAUGUUCGUGUCAUCUUCAACGCAACCGAGGUUCCAUUCAGGGCUCCUCGAAUUGCUGCUAUUUUGUCUUGGGACUAUCCCCCCGGUAUGUACACAAUCGCUGGUGGACAAAACAUUGACCCCCAAUCCAUGGACUACCCCCCUGGACUACCCAUAUGGACUACCGUAAAAUGGACUACGCCGCUGAAGUUUAGUGAUUAGGGUUAAGAAACUGAGUGAAUUAACCAAUCGAGUUUCAGGUCAGUUUUCGAGGAUGGAACUUGAUUCACUCAGUUUCUAAACCCUAAUCACUAAACUUUAGCGACGUAGUCCACAUGGGCUGUCCAUGGGGGUAUUCCAUGGACUGGGGGUCAGUGUUUUGUCCACCACCGUGAUCGAUUUUUUUUUUUUUUUUUUUUUUGCGUACGCAUGUAUAUAUUAGCGACAGACUAUAAUGCAUUGUUUGAUCAUUAGCAUGCGAGGUAUUGAACCCUAUAGAAAACUUCGCCGUAUAUACACAUUAGGGUCAAAAGUCGAAAGAGCUGGUCAAUUUGAGCAGUUUGUGCAAGUUUCAGCUCUUUGCAAUCAAUAACAAAGGAAAUAGCUGUAAUCCAAAACUGCCAAAUAAGCCUUAUCACGGUUUUGGAAGCCAUCUUGACAAGAAGGCAACGGCGUGAGAAGUUACAGUGUUUGUAUGGGAAUUCAAUGUCCAACAAUUUCCGUAAAACGGCUGUUCUAAAAAAUAUAUGAAUUGUAAAUUAAAGCUUCACUCCUAAAGAUUCUACUGAAAAAGUUUGAGAACGUUCCUUUUAGCUACAUUUGCUAGAACCACAUAAAGUAAUAAGUAGUAAAUUCCUUUGCUGUGUAGCUUUGGUUUACAAUUCAUAUAUUUUUUUCAGAACAGCCCUUUUACGGAAUUUAUAAACUAAUAUUAGUUUGUGUAAUCAAUUGGUGAUGAGUGAAAAAGGCUCAGGAAAUUUUUUAUCUUACGCAACUCAUUACUGAGGCCACCCGAGUGACGGAAACCUGUCAAUCCUUGCUUGACGUGAUUUUAGUGAACAAUGAUCACCGCAUCAAUGACUCCGGUGUUGUUCCUGUUUCGCUGAGUGAUCACUACCUCGUCUAUUGUGUUUUAAAAGCAGGUGUAAUUAAGGCACCACCGAAGACAAUUGAAUACCGCUCUUAUAAAAACUUUGAUGCGAACACCUUCCUAGCGGACUUGAAUAACGUCCCAUGGCACAUCAUUGAAAACGAGGAAGACAUCGACGACGCCGUGUUUAUUUGGAAUCACUUGUUUUCUGAAAUAGCUGACCUGCAUGCGCCCGUGAAAAGGCGAAGAAUACGAGGUGUUCCGCUCCCGUGGUUGAAUGAUACAAUCAGUGAGGUGAUGAAGGAUCGUGAUUUUUCACCAUCGUAAAGCCGUGAAAACCAAUUCUGCUUUUCACUGGGCUCGCUAUAGAAAGUUAAGAAAUAGGGUCAAUCGUGAAGUCAAGGCAGCAAAAUCCAAGUAUUAUUGUGACUUGAUUUUAGAGGCUAAAGGGAUUCAGGAAAGAUCUGGAAGGCGGUGAAUGAGGUGUCUUCGCGCAAGACUAAAUCCUCGAGCCCACAAUGUAUCGUAGUUGAUGGUGUUGAACACACCACCCCAGCCUCUAUUGCAUCCGUGCUCAACUGUUAUUUCUCAUCCAUUGGCAGAAGUCUUGCAAAUAAAAUAUCAGCUGCUGCUAUGUUCCCAGUCAGAUCGGCCACGAUGCUACAGUCUUUCUCGCUUGACGAAGUUGAUGAGAAAACAGUACUCAAGCAUCUGCUUUCUCUAAAGACAAAUAAAGCUAUUGGCUUGGACAACAUCAGUGCGAGACUUUUUAAAGUGUGGCGCGCGUGCUAUUUGUCCCUCGAUCACCAAGUUACUGAAUCUCUCUAUUCGCACUGGCAAUUUUCCUGAAAUAUGGAAAUGCUCGAAAGUGGCUGCACUUUUCAAAACUGGAGAUAGGAGAGAUGCGUCAAAUUAUCGCCCAAUUUCUAUUCUGCCAACAAUGAGUAAAAUUCUGGAAAAAGUCGUCCAUUCCCAAUUCUAUGACUUUCUGAAUUCAAAUAAUCUCCUUUCAAGCAAACAAUUUGGCUUCCGUCCCAAACUGUCUACAACAUCGGCUCUCACCAGUUUUGCAGAUGAGGUCCUAUUGCAUAUGGAGAGUGGAGAACUGUGCGGUGCAAUGUUCCUAGAUCUGACCAAGGCAUUCGAUACCGUUGACCAUACGAUCUUGCUAUCUAAAUUGUCGGCUAUCGGUGUCUCGCCCAGCGCUCUACAGUGGUUCAAGUCUUACCUGAAUCAUCGUAAACAGCGGACUGCCUGUAGCGAUGCUGUGUCUGACCCUCUCCCGAUGACCUUUGGGGUGCCACAGGGGAGCAUUCUAGGACCGCUUCUCUUCUUGGUUUAUAUUAAUGACCUUCCGCUGGUUAUAAAGAAUUGCGAAGUGACUUUGUAUGCUGAUGACACGGUCCUGUACUACUUUGCUAAAGAGCCACACCUGUUAGAAGAGGCACUGAAUGAUGAUCUCUUGAAAGUUGCCCAGUGGUUACAUGGAAAUAAGUUAACUUUAAAUCUUACUAAGACGAAAUCCAUGAUUAUAGGCAGUAAUAGGAAACUUGUUGGUAUUUCCUCUUUCACGUUAUCUAUUUUUGACACUGAUAUAAAUUCUGUAAGUAGUUUUAAAUAUUUGGGAGUUAUGUUGUCUUCAACUUUCACAUGGUCCGACCAUAUUGAGUAUAUUUCAUGUAAGGUUAAUAAAAACCUUGGUCUUCUACGUAGGAUUAAGUAUUAUUUACCUUAUGAUGCCCGGUUAUUUUUUUUAUAAUAGCUUAGUGCUACCUAUUUUUGAUUAUGCUGAUUUAGUCUGGGGUGACAAGGACAAUGUCUCACUUAUGAAGGAAUUGCAAAUUCUCCAAAACAAAGCAGCUAAGUUGAUAUUAGAUAGAUCACCUCACUCCUCAUCCAUCGAUGCAUUGAUUGUCUUGAGAUGGCUGAAUCUUGAAGAACGUAGGAAAUGUCAUCGAUGUAUAUAUGCAUACAAGUGUAUUAAUGGCCAACUUAAUCAUUCUUUGGACAUUGUAAAAAAGAGUGAUAUACAUUCCUACAAUACGCGCAAUAACGAUACUAUCAAGCUCCCCAAAAUUAAAUAUAAUUGGGGAAAACAACGUUCGCGGUACCACUGUUUCAAAGACUUUAAUGAAUUAGAGAGAACUGUAAGAAACUCAGCAAGUUUUCCAAUUUUUAAGAAGUGUCUUUUUUCUGCUUUUUAUAAUUGAGUACUUGUAGUGUGUAUGUUUUAAUUAUUUCUGUAACUCGAUUUUAGCCUGAAUUUUUUUUUUUUUUUUUUUUUUUUUUUAACCUUUUUAUAUUUUAAUUGAAUUAUAUAAUAUACAUCUCGUAAUUAGGACCUCUAUGUAAACCACUCUUGUGAUGGAGCAUCCUAUUAAAAGAUUGUUAUUAUUAUUAUUAUUAUUAGGAUUUGGAGAAAACGCAAGGGAAAAUUUUCCCUCAUUUCAAGAUUAUACCAUUUGAUUAUCUAUUUUAAUAUUAAAAUAUCAUGGGUGACGAAUAACGCUAGGUUUUGACAUGUUUUUCCUCGGCUUUAUCGUAUCGAUCGAGAAUUACACGCUCUCAAAAGUUUAGAGCUCAAAUUUGGCUUAAGUUCAGAAUUUUCAGAAUUUUUCGACAAAAUACCUGUUAGAAUCCUUCUUGAUAUACUAUUUCGUGUGUUUAGGUUUUCUAAAGCGUCUUUUAAUGCCCUGACAUCUUCGUCGCCAUCUUGGAACUGAGACGUACGGAAGGUUGCCAUGGCAAUUUUGUAAUUUCACAUGUGAAAUUAUAAAUUAACGCUGAAAUUUCGUGCCAAAAUUAAGGAGUAAUUCGUCACCUAUGAUAUUAAACAAUAAACUUUUCUGAUGACUUAAAUUUUCUGUAUUCCAAUUUUUAGCCAAUUUUAUUGACCAUACUACAGUGCAAAAGAAUGUCCUGAGGAUUGUAGUCAGUGUUUGACCUGUUGUGACUUACAUGUACUUUACUUAGAGAUUUAGCCAAGUAAAUGUAAAAAAUACAGGACUACGCUCUUGCAUUUUUGAGGAAAAAUGAAAUACAAACGAAUUGUAAAGUGGGGGAUAAACAAUAACACUGAUAAGGACAGCUGCUGAUAUUCAUAUUGAUAAAAGUGUUUGAUUUCUCAAUCUUACAGGCCCAUCAGGUUUUGCACCCCUUUACAACUACCACUCACUACCCACCCGACCCCUCCGCCCCGAACGCACUCCCCUAAUUUGCAGUUAUUACUAGUAUUAAUAAACAGCUUAAACUACUUGCAACUAACGUCAUUAUCAAGUUAAAAAAAUAAGUGUCUGUUGCAAAAUAUAAAUACUUAAAAACAAUACUUAAGAGAACCAGUGUAAACUGUAACUAGGCAACCCCAAAGAACAUUCGUUCUUUAACAAGUGCCAGACAAAGUUUUCAAUGCCUAAUUCAUGAGAUGCUCCCCAUAGAAGAAAUCAAUCCGACACCCAGGCCGAUCCCAUUCGUACAAAAAAACCUUUGUUUGAACUAACAGACACUUGUUGUUGGACUUGAUAAUGACUUUGGUUGAACAUCGAAACGUCGUCGUUUUCUUAAACUGUUUUUUAGCUUUUUAUUAUGAGGAACAUUAGCGCAGUAUUUUAUAUUCUGAUGUUUUACGAAAUCGCUUCUUAUCCAAUUUCAAACAUGUUUGUUUUAAUUGUUUGUUUCAACAGAUGCACACGUACGCUUGAAAGAAACCGACGGCCUGGACAUUGAAGUUUUACUGUCUAAUGUCGCGAAUAUUCCUGCCGAGCUCCGCAACGCAUGCCAAAAACCUGGAAAUCUUCUCGACUUUAGAGCUGACCCUAUCGAUGUCAGCACUCCGGUAAUUGUCCACUUCAGAACCUUAUGAGAAGCAUACCGAUCUUUUCAUUAAUUCAAAUGCCGUAAACUGCCGCUUAGUACCCCUGGGAUUGUACAUCUUGGUAAGGGGCCUUAGGAGGGCUUAUAGACGGAGGGGCUCAUUUAUAUCCGAGGGGGGCUUAAUUAACCGGAAUAAAAAAGGCGUUUCCAUCGAAUACAUUUCAAUACUUUGGAGGGGGCUUAUAUCCGGGGGAGGGGGAAUUUAAUCGGGGAGCAAGGGUGGCGAAGGAGCACAGAGCACUCGCCUCCCAGAAAUGUGGCCCAGGUUCAAUUCGCAGCGUCGACGCCAUAUGUGGACUAAGUCUGUUGUUAGGUCGCUACUUUGCCCCGAGAGGUUCUCCGGUUUUCCCCUCACCUCAAAAACCAACCUUUCAAAAUUCCAAUUCGACCAGGAAUCAGGUAGACCAAGAAACGCUAAGUGUAUGUGCUGCCUCCAAAUUGUUUGUUAUUUGUUACUUGUUUCCUGGGGAGGAGGAGGGGUGGGGGGCGGCUAAGUCCUAAUUCAAGAUACCCACCAUCUUUGCACGCUUUUAAGAACUGACGGGAUAAAAGUAAUGUCGCGUGGUUUCUCAGGAGGCAAAUAAGUGAUACAAUUUGCCAAUUCAAGAAAUCGCGGUUGAGUUUGUUUAUUCUAGACAACAGAAAAUGAAGAACUGACGAAAUUACGAAAACGGCAAUUUAUGGGUGAAAGUGAUCAUUGUUACUUUUUGGAGGCAGUAGCGACGGUAGUUAUCCUCACAGCAAGCAAUAAUGACGUGAAACUUGGUGAUGCUCGCGUUGUACAUUUUGCAUGACUAUUAAAAGUCGUCGUCUCGUUUUGAGAGGAUAAACAAACUCGGCCAUUUGCAGGAUGGGGUCUUUUUACUACUGAGACCGGAAUUCAUUUCAUUUUUUCUUUCAUCUUUAAACUUGGUAAUCCCAGUGAGGUUUAAAUAACAAAAGGAAUAAUGGUAGUAGUAGUAAAAUGACGCCAUCGUGCAAAAGGCCUAUUGGCAAAUCUCAUCACUUGUUUGCCCCCUGAAAUACCACUUGACAUUGCGUUUAUUCCAUCAAUCCUAAAGCGUGUGCAAAGAUGGCGGUAGCCUCCCACGCAGGCGUUUUUAGGGGAGCUCGUUUUUCAUCCCUCCCCACAAACGCCUGCUCAACCGAACACUACAUUCCUUUCCCAUUGUUUAUUUGCGUGGUAAGUGAUCAAUAAGCAGUUGCGCAAUUAAGUGUUGACAGGCUAAACCCGACUAAAACGUGACCCUAGAGUGACCGUUUUCCUUCUUUUCUUUCCUUCGCUAAGGUUAUGAAGCGCAUGGAGUAUUCUAAAAUUUGACUAAAUCUUAUUUUUGCCGUUCUGAAUCUAACAAUUAUUAGAGGUCAGAAAGUUUUUCCAGUGUUUCAUGCAGAUGGAGUAAUUAUCAGAUUACCUUGAGGUCAAGGUCAACUUUCCAGAAUUUGGAAAGUACAAUGUGAUUGGCUAAGCUUAGGAAAGGAAUGUAGUCUUCGGUUGAGCAGGCGUUUGUGGGGAGGGAUGAAAAACGAGCUCCCCUAAAAACACCUGCGUUGGAGGCUAAGAUGGCGGGUGUCGUGAAUAAGGAGUGUUAUAAAAAACUGAAUCAUUAGAUAAUGCAUUUGUAGAGCUCUGAUUGGCUUACCAUCAUGGUAUAUGAGCCAUUAUACCAUGCUCUCCAAAUAUGGUGACUGUACGCGUCUGCUCAAAAUUAAUCGGUUGUUUUUACAAAUAAAGUCGGGAAAAAUUCUCGAUGUUUUUUGGGCGUUUUUUAUAAAAAAAUUAUUCCACUUGCGCUUCUUGGCUAUAAGAUGAUUAUAGCCAACUCAUUUCCAACGCGCACUCGUGGAAUAAUUUUUAAUUAGAUCCCACCUGCCAUUUUACUACAUAGGUUCUCAAUGCACGGGUAGACAUUACUCCUCGAAAAUUCCCUUUCUUUUUAUCCAUUUUGUAUUAGCUACUCUCCGCUGUUUGUAAUUCUCUUAUUGUUGCUGUUCUUUAUAUUUGCCUAGCGGUCAAGUGAAACUUUGGUUCUCCAACCGCAAGAAAAGCUCUACUUUGGAUGUCCCUAUGACGUCAGGGUAAGUCCAUGAUAAAAACCAGGAAGCGCCAGGAAAGACUUCAUAAUGCUCAAAUCACCGAUUUUGCUUAAACUAGGCGUUAAUGGUUGUUAUCACGAAUAAUACUUGUGACAAUACAUGUGGCAAAAUAUAAGGUCAGGAUAUUUUACCCCCUGGGAGAUACGCCCAUCUCCCCUCCCCACAGAAACCUCAUCUGCUAAUACAUGUGACACGAUAGAAGGUCAGGAUAUUUUUUAUUCCAUGGGAAAUACGUCCAUCCCCGCUCUCCACCAAAAGCUUACUACCACCACCGUAAAAAUGGCCAAAAGCCCUAUUUUGAGAGUAAUUAAUUGGCAAGCUUUGCCAUGUCAGUGCGGCAAACACUAAAUUCCUCGGCAACGCUAGCUCCUAAAGGAACUUUGGAGCUUUCUCUCCGCCUCCACUUCUCCAGCUUACCUGUUUUUCCUUGUAGCAGUUUUUCUUGCGCCCCACCUUUGCUUAAGUUACCAUCAAAUACUUGUGAUUUCUUGUUAAAGUUAUAUUUGGAACAAAUAAACCUUAGCUAUUGGCCAUAUUUACGCCAGAUAUUAACGCGAGAAUGUUGAGACCUUGCGGCUGCAGUGUUGGGACAAAUAAACGUUAAGCCCCGUGUAAACGGACGCAACACUGUUGGCCAACAACUCCCAACAUUGUUGGAUGUUACAUGUUGCGUCCGUUAGCACACCCUGUUGCAUGUUGUUGGAUGUUGUUGCGCAAAGUUUGAAACCGGUCAAACUUUUCAGCCAACAACUCCCAACAUUUUUUUGUUCCAUGAUCGCCGAAGCGUAGCGCAACAAUGUUGGAUCCGUUUGCACAGCUGUUCCAACAUUGUUGGGGCCGCGCUUGCGCAUUACGCAUGGUUUACAAAGACUUAUCGGUUGUAUCCUUCCCACGAUGCACUGCAGGUCCCAACAUUGUUGGGAGUUGUUGCAUCCGUUUGCACACCACUGCCAACACGCACGCCACAAUGUUGGUAGUUAUUGCGUCCGUUUGCAUGCAGCCUUAGCUAGCGGCCAUAUUUACGCCAGAUAUUUACGCGAGAAUAUUGGGACCAGGCAGCUUCAGUGUUCGCUCCUCGCAUAGUAGCCCGCGUAGUUGGCGGGGUUGUUACGCGCGCGGUAAUUUCAUGGCGACUGCUGCGAGAGAGAUUUGAAUUAGUGACUUUUUACCAAUCUUCCAACGGCUUCGCCGUGAAAAAGCUACAGCACACUAUCUCUAAUCCCGCUAGCUAAGCAGGUGAGAUUGUCUCUGGGAUCUUUUACGUCCCACAAGAACCACAAGACCCUGAGUGUUAUUCCGGCCGGGGUUUGAACCCGCGACCUCCGGCUCAGCAGACCGGCGCUCUCCUAACUGAGCUAACCAGGCGGCUGUCAAGGCUGAUGAAUUUUUUUCUCUACAGAUUUCUACUACGUUCGCUGUCAAUUUUGAGACCCAGGCAACUUUCUACGUCCCGCGUAAGUAUGUCCUGACAUUCUCCGCCAUUUUCUAAUAGCUGGUAAUUUUAUACGGGUAUUCUUCUGUAUAUUCGAAUUCAACCGUACACAACCUGAGAAAACAGCCGACACUUCUCGACGCCACCACUGGUUUCCCGCGAAGUGACGUCUGAGAAACGAGCGCAGAAAUUCCAUGCUGAUGACGUGUCACUACCCAGAUCUGGGCAAUGCUCUUCCUUUUGACUGAUCUUGCCGCGAGGGAAAUUUGCUUCAACCAAUCAGGCUACCGUCAACAGUGAAGAAAAAAAACGGAACCAUUUAUCUUCCAUUCCCGUUUUUUUUCACAGACUGCAUUAGUGGAUUUUGCGGAUGCGACGCUGGUAAGUCGAACAACACUGUUUAUAUUAAAUGAAAAUUCAGGAUUUUUGUUUAAUCAUGAUACACUCGAAUUUCUCCACUACAAAUCCCAUCAGCAACAGUGGUAAGUGUCCGUUAAAGAGAGGUGGCUGUAAAAGGAAGGCAAAGAUAUGCAAUAGGACAAACUAGGGAGGGAAUUUUAACUUAGUUUAGUAUGAAAAGUGUCUAGUAUCAAAUGUCCUCUAAUAAGCAGUUUAAAAAUAAAACUUAUGUAGAAUAAGUGACUUAAUCCCUGUCCCCACUAAUACGUUUUCAACAGUAACGUAUUUAUUCGAUUAAACGCCGCGGCGUUUAUUAAAUUUUUCGUGAUUCGAGUGCGGCGUUUAUAAGAGGGCAGUGUUUAUUUAAAGUCCAAUUUGUUUGUGGUGAGGAAGCUUAGUGAAAGAACAUUGAAGUAUACUCACUUCGACCUAAAAAACAUUGUUAUCAAUGAAAGCAAAUUUCCAAAGCUUGAUUAAGCUGAACUACCGUGUAUAUAUACUCCUUUGAGCUUCAAAUGUACUGAUCUUAAAACAUUGUUACAACCAAGGAAAAUAAAUGUUUUAGGCUUGCUCAAACUUGAUUAUUACUGCAUUUGCUUUUUGAGUCUAUUAUUGAAAUAAACGCCAUAGCAUGACGCGGCCUUUAUUCGAGGGCGGCGUUUAAUGGAAUAAAUACGGUAUGUGUUUUAGAUGUCAUCGAAAACGCAUCGAUCGAUUUGCGUCCACACUACUGUUUGAUGCGUUUUCCACUGUCCACACUAAAACGUUCGGAAACGAUAGAAUUGAACGUUGUGAUCUAAGAUUAGCUCUUAAAUCGGAUUUUAUUUUCAGGAGAAAAAAUACAUUAGUGGUAUUCAGCUUGGGUAAAACCUGUAUACCAUUACAAUUGCCGUCUCCAAAGAGGAUCCUGAAUGUUGACUUAUUUUGUUUGCCUAAGUGUACAGAAUCUUGUUUUUUACAUAGGUUUUCGAAAAUAAUAACUUGUUUCAUUUUGUGUAGAGGAGGCGUAACUGGCAAACUUUAGCUAAACAGGUUAAGGGACACAGUCAGCUGAUGCACAUGCGCACUAGACACCAUUUCUUGGCUGAUUUGCAUGUCACAAGACACGCGCGUGAAACAGAAUAUGAGAAGCGUAUCCGGAAUACUCUAAACAAACCGCUUGAAGAGUUGAACUAGUUACAAGCCGAAAUCGUGAUUAUAGACCCAAGGCUAUAUCAGAGCACUCAUUUUUUUUAUAUACCAUUGAGAAUUCACCAAUGAAUUUGUCCAGGAAAGCCAAACAUCGACGAAUACUUCCGAAUUCGAACAUCAGUAGAGAUGAAAAAUGACACCAACUCUGAAUUAUUGUCGAAGGUUUAAGGUCGACAAAGCUUGAUUUACCAAAUAAAUGUAACCUUUUCCGUAAAUUUUCCAAUUAAAUGUAUCGAUUAUUUGCUCGCCAAUGUUGCUGAUUCAUUUCUGUUGUUAUUUUGGUAAACGAAGGCGAUUUCUCCCGCCCGGGGCCUACACGCGUUUCUCACCCUCUUCUGUUCAUGUUCCUGUGGAUACUGUUUUUCACCAAAUUAAUAUGAUAGAAUAAUGUAAUAGGAUGUGUAAAAGUUUGCUCAAAAAGAGGUUUUCAGCAAAAGAUCGAUGAUCGAAUGAAACACUAGGCAAGAUUGAAGCGGAUUUCUGGCUAUAUUCGACGCGUACAUUUGAUUUCGGGUUGAGGUAAACGCUUUUCAAAAUGGCAAGAGUAGUGUCCAGGUGAGGGCGGCCCAUAGGUGACUGUGUCCCUUUUUAAAAACAAGGUUCUUAGUCGCAAGUUUUUACUGUAUAUAUCAAUAACACAAAAAAACAAACGUUUAGCGGGACAAAAAUAUUAACAGAACUAAAACCAGUACUAGCUUUACAUUGCAAUGAGUACAUCGUCGUCUUUGUACAAUAGUGUGAUUCUGAUUUGAUGUAGUCUGAGAAAACAACUGGUUUCCCCGCGAAAUGACGUGGGCCGGGAGAAACGAGCGCAGAAAUUCCAUACUGAUGACGCGUCACUACACAGAUCUACUCAGUGUUGCUGAUCGGUCGUGGCGCGUGGGAAAUUUGCUUCAACCAAUCAUAAGCACUUCUCAGAUCCGGGUAGUGACGCACCUAUUCAUCAGUAUGAAAUUUCUGUACUCGUUUCCCAGACGUCAUUUCGCGAGGAAACCAGUGGUGCUGGGGCUGCGAAAUGUCGGCUGUUUUCUCAAGCGAGAUUUGAUGCUGUUUAAAUGUAACAAAAGAGAAAAUUCCAUCAUUUUUUUUUUCAAGGGCAACAAAAUGCACUAAAAACAGUCUCAGAAUAUGUUGACUUUGAUAUUCGCAAAAACAAUCAGUCCGUUAACUUGACGACUGUUAAUGCUACCUGGAGUAACGAGGCGUGGGGCAAGAAAAGGCCGACAUUUUUCAAGUAAGUCGAUAAAAUGUAAGUACUGACUUGAAAUGGGAAGCUUAACAACCCUGUAGCGAAAUCUACUGUGAGACCUAUAAUUAGGGGAAUCAGUAUGAUUCUUAUUGCUAGACUAAGAUCGCCUUUGUAUGCAUGGUACGGGGAACUUCUACAAAUUCCAGAAAAUUCUGUUCUAGAACUUGACCACGGCGACUGUCGACCAUGGCUGAAAUCUGAAUUAAUUUUCAUGCCUACUUUUGCGGAACGUGCUCGUUUUAAUACAUGUGUUUUGCACCCUGGGGCGGGAGGAGUACUCAACAAGGUUUUAUACGGGGAGGCUCUGCCCCGAGGUCUAACCUCUUACUCUUUAAGAGAGGACCCCCCUGGGCUUUGGAACUAAAAAAAAAGGAUCUAGACUGGUAAGGGACUGUGCAAUAACUAUCAGGAGGGGGGGCUGAAAAACUAGAGUUAUCUAGCAAAAACUUAGACAGUACCCUCCCCCCCUCCAAAACAAAAAAAAUUAGUUCUGACCCCCACCUCUGGUAUGUUAAAAAACGUCGCCCUUCCCCCCCCCAACCCAAGAUUUAGACAAAGCAUUUGCUAAGUACCGGGAUGCUUACCACGUGGGCUCAAAAUCUAAAACUUCUGAAGCCAGAAGGAGAAAGGAGCAGAGAAAAAAAAUCAAAGAACAGGAGAUUGAACGCUUCGAAUAACAGACGAAAAAGAGCUUACAUUAUAUUAAUUUUAGAUCCUUGGGAGGAGAGCCUGAUGAACUUUGUUAUGAGCCAGAUAUAUAUGGAAUUCAGCAAAUCGAUUCAGUCGAUGAAGAAACAUUACUUUUAUUCACAUCAAAAACCGACAAAGCUUGUCUACGAGAUCUGUUUGAUUCCCAUUGUUUUAUGGGGGAAGCUGAAAAACAAGUUCAUGAUUUUUGCGUUACAUAGGAUCAGCUCAAUUAAUUAGAAGACAGGUUAAAACUGAUCAGUUGUGAACUUGCUUUUCAUUUUGAUGGAAUAUUUUCAAUAAUCGUUUAACAGCUGUUCGUAUUGAUAUUUGCUACAGUCUAUCAUGAUGCCUGUAUUGAGAAUCUUUUAUUGCGUUUAAUUUUAUUUACAUUUCGAAUAAAACUUAAGGCCCCCCCCUCCGUCAAAUGACUGAUUUUACUUUGAGCCCCCUAUCUUGGCAGUAAUUUUAUGUAAUGCCCCCCCUCUAGUUUUUCAGCCCCCCCUCCUCAUAAUUAUUGCACAGUCCCUAACAACAGCCGCGACAAGCCGACAACGGUUUUGAUCCAAAAUCUUAUCAUAAGGUGGCGGGCGGUUUCUUAGCCAAUCACAAACCUCACAGAUCUUUUUUUUUUUUGCUUGUUUGUUUGUUUUUCGUUUCUUUUACUUUCCCUUGUUUGUUUGUUUGUUUGUUUUUGUUUUAAAUUGCCUUUUUCAAGAACCAAGAAAACGACGUUUUACUAUUGGAGCUCGGUAAUAGGCAAGUUUUGUAUUCCCCGACGGACUUGGGACGAGCACGAUUGUCAGGCUAAUGCGGGUCAACUUGGUUGCAAAAACAAAAAUUUGCGUUGAGUCGCUUAAAAACGAUAGAUAUCUUAAAACAGUGAGAUUUCAAAGCUUAAACUUUACCAGUAAGCCAAAGGGAUAUCUGUUGCAAACAACGAAAUUGUGGGAAAAGUUGAUCGUACUUAAGAGAAGAAAGGAAACAAGCGACGAAGCCAAAAGAAGUAGACUUUUUAAGCUUGAAAAGGGUAAAGUUUGUUUAAAUGACAUUAUUACAUUCUCUUUAAUUUUCGUACUUCUUAGUAUUCUAUUUUACUCUCACUGUAAAAUGGAGUUUAAACUGCUCAGUAUAUCGUCUGUAUAAAAUUCUGCUCGAGUUCUUGACAAAUAAUGUAACCUAAAUGAAAGCUUACGUACGAAUAAACUUACACUAUUUUAGUCAUCUUCGUUUAAACCGAUUUAACUUGCUAUGACAGUGCAAGGAAUUUUUGCAGGACGUCUGCCCCCCUCGGUUUAUUAUUUUUCAAAUACACAAGAUUUUGCAUUCGCUCCGUUAGAAAGUAUGUCAACUAUCAAGAAAGUUUCAGUCUGUCUUGCAGGCUUUCGACAAGUACGUACACUCCAAUGGAAGGUAUGGCUUAAAGAACUUUUAACCAUCACUGAAAGUAAAAUUAAAAUGGCUUCAGGGUAUUACCUUGUUUAAGGAUUUUGAAACCACCUUCGCAUUGUCAUUGAACUUACUCCGGCACCGACCACUAUUUCGGUCAAUUUCUGAUUAGGCUGAGGCUCGUUGUUUUUCCUGGUGACGACGAGCUGAUUUUCCUUUUGCUGUUUGAAACAAUGAUUUCUCAAGCCUGUAAGUAAGUUUUGAGACCCCCAAAACCUUUCAACGUUUCAAAUUUUCCUUUUUUAAAGCAACACCGCCUCAGCUUUCUCAUGUUUCUUUGUCUUCUUGGUGAGAAGUGACCCCUAUUAGCCUCGCUUUCGCGCAAAAACAAGCACUCGCCCUAGGCCCCCGGGAAUACGAAACUCGUCUAUUCUGAUUGCUGAUGCUUGUUUUCUUAUAUACUAGGUUGGUAAUGCAGGAAUGUCCUGGUGGUGUCUGUCCCGCAAUACAAGGAUAUCAACUUACGGAUCAUCUUGACGAUCCAUUGGUAAGCGGUUUUUCUUGUUUUAAAGGAACGGAUACUUCACUUUUUUCCCAAUAAACAGGACAUUAGUUAUUUGCAAAUUCUUCCUUAAACCAUUCUGUGGUCUCUUAAAGAAGCUGUGUGUCACGAAUUGUAUCAAAAUUCUAAUAGUAGGAACUUCCACCAAACUUAGUGAAACAUGAAAAUAACCACUUAAAACAAAAAGGUAUUAAUAACACAACAAAUACAAAGUUGGUUUGGAUGGACAAACUCAGUGUUGAAGAAUAUAGACUACGAGCAGUCUCUCUUUUUUCUUGGUCCGUCGAGCAAAACGCCCGAGACACGCAAAUGAUCACGCGCGUGACUGAGGACGCGAGACGGGAGAGGCGUCUCGCUGCUUCGCCGCCCUUCGCUCGCGCGCGUGCACUCCCCAUACUAAAUCUGAAGAUAAAGAGAACUGCUCGCAGUCUAUGAAGAAUAUGAAAACUGAUUGAAAUGGGUUUUUGAAAACUUGUUAGCCUAAAAGAUUUUCAAAGUUCAUUUUUUGUUGUUUGUAACGUUCAAUUCAAUGCUUGGGAAGUAUAUUUGUUCGACAAGAAGUUGUGAUUUUGUCGUUUGCAAGUGAUAUAUCAGGAAUCAGGAGUCAGGAAUCUUUUUAAUGUCAAAGAUGCUGUCCCUGAGGGGCUACGCACGCGUGUGGUCUAUAAAUUUUCGUGUGCAAGUUGUAAUGGUUGUUAUGUUAGUGAAACCAGCCGACACUUCUCCACACUAGUGCGCGAGCACUUACUUUCAAACAGUUCUUCGAACGUUUUUAAACAUCUGCAGAGUUCAGAGUUUUGUAGAGCAUCCUGCACACCGGAUUGCUUCGAGAUCCUGGCUCUGCAGCCACUAAGUACUAAGUGAAGCUUAAGGAAUCCAUGUUUAUAAAAUGGGAGAAGCCCGAUCUCAACCAGCAGGUGAAACACAUUAACCUGACUCUCUCCCUGUAAAGAACUAAGCGUCACUCAUUUAAUUUUUUGUUUUGUUUUGUUUUAGUACGCAAUAUUGACAACGCAAUGUAACGAACUUUGUAAGAUCGCGCGCGCUUUAAACCCGGGGGGGCACUUUAGGAAUUUCUGGGUGGGGAUGUGCCGCUGGGAGCCUGGAACCCUUGACCUUUACCAAAGCUAGUUAAGCUGAAUUUUGCUACCCUAUACUAGAGUAAACUCCCCAAACCCCCCUAUCCUAGAGUAGCUGUGUACCUAGUCUAAAUAAAAUCUUCAACCAACUGAUCAGUUUCCUGAAAAAUGAUACCCUAUUCUAGAGCCAAACGCUCUGAUUUAUAUACCCUAUCCUAGAGUAAACUGCUUGAAACCCAUACCCUUCACAGCGGCACAUACCUAUAUAGCCCAUAUAUGGCAGUACCCCCUCCCCCCUCCCGGGGCUUUAAAUUCAACGGCGAUUUCAAAAUGUGUAACACUGAAGAUGACGGAUGUACAGUCGAAACAUGUCUGGAAAAUUAAAGAAAGUUGUUAUGUUUAUACAAGUGAUAUAUUUGUUUACGUAAAGUUACACAGCCCCUGUAAGGCCUGUAAACUAAAGCCCCAUUCACGCUAAAGCUUAAACAUCUUUAAAAGCCGUUUAGUUCAACAUAGUUUAAAAUCGUUUCCUUCAUAAAAGCUGCUCACUAAUUUAAGGUGGCUCGAUGGGGUUUUUCAAGGUCAAUGCCUCACAAGUUUGACCAAAAAAAAAAAUAAGGGUUGUAACAAUUCGCUAAUUUUUUGUCGGAAAUUAUUAAGGGGUAUUGUCUCCAAGUUUCAUAUUUUCGUGGACAAUAAUAUCUAACAUUUCUGCAUAUUUCAAAUGCAUUGCUAGUUACUGCUGUUCGCGUGAACAUGAAACUUGUAGACAAUACCCCUGAAUAAUGAGAGGCUCUCACUUGUAAACACGAAAUUUUUCCGACAAAAACUUUGCAAAUAUUCGCCUUAUUUUACUGCCUUACUAGACAUCCAUUAUCUUGAAACUCAGAGGUCAUAUAAAAACACGGUUAAUCUCGAGAAUCUCAAAUUUUAAAAGAAAUCUAUCGAGCGGUUUGAGUAGACCGAAAUGUUUACAAAACCGCUAACAAGAGCGCCUCGAUACGUACUAAUCAAAUUCUUUUUUUUAGCAAUCGGCUCAAGCUUUCUUAUGAUCCUUCACAGACGUUUUUAAAAAGAGGCUAUGAGGUGAAAUUGCAGUUCAAAAGCGUUUCGCUUAUUUGACGAGAAAAAAAAACCGUGUUUCCUUUCGUUUUUAUUCCCGUGUAGAAAUUUCCCGAUUGCCAGUCCGGGGGAAAUUUUCCUGAAAAAGUGGACCGCCUUUAGAGGUGGUCGUCCUUAACCGGUCGGUCCCCGACCAAAAUUGGCUGUUCCAUUUUCAAAGAUUUUCGUUUGCUGAGAAAUACUCAAAAUUUAAAAAGAAACGUGAAUGUCUUUCUCUCUAAACUAGCGAUUGUGAACCAAAUGGAAUAUAAUCAAUAUAAAUUAAAGGAAUGUGACAGUUUGUUUCAUGUCUUAAACGUGUAAACCAAUCAUUACUUGGUAGAGGUAAACACCUCUAAAACUGUGUAGCCUGUGAGUAAGUUGUCGACUUGCGGCAGUCCGAGUGGGUCAUUGGGUAUUUGCUCUCUAAUUUGAGAGCUUUCUUGGAGGAUUGCAAUUGUAGUAGAAGGUAGUUUCUAGCAAAACAAGUAGAGCUAAACAGGUUUUUUAUCAGGAACCGAUAAUGAGGAGUGAGCAACUCCAUAAUAGGCCAUUUUCACUUAGCGGUUUAUUUUUAGGUACAUUGUAGGGCACUUUUUCCGGUGUAAGUAAAACGUUCCGCUCCUUCAAUGAGAGCAUUCGAAGAAUAGGAUAUCAAAAAGAAGAACUAGGUCUCUAGGUUUCACUGACUGGUUUGUAGGACAAACCGAUAAUAUUCUAAGUUCGCGCCAGAAUCGAUCUGAAGAUAAAACGCGCGCCGUGACUCGAGUACGUAGAAGUUGCUUGCUCCAGGUUAUGGGAUGCUAGUUUUCAUGUGGUAUAUGAACUCAACAGCCAAAAUUGGAACGCCUUUUUUUAAUUCGUUUUUCGCAGAGAACCGUCCAAAGCUUCGUUUUCCAAAAUCUGACAGAGGGAGAAUGGCAUCACUUUAUCGUAAGUAUUGUACGCAAGAAAGCUCUUAAAACUAAACGAUGCCCGUUGAAACACUUACCCUACAGAUUUUUCUUUCAUUAAUGUGGCUAGUUUGUUGGUAGUCGCUAAGCAAGUGUCCUUCAUCAAUGUUUUAAUCGAAACAGUCCACUCUCCAAGAGCGACCACCUCUUGUAAGGGACCAUAAGCGACCACCUAACCAAAAUGUUCACCAAACUUUUCUCACCCAAAGCCCGAUAAUUAGAACUUCUCGUAGUCGACCACCUCUCAUAAGCGAGCGCGACCACUUUUUCUUUGACGCCUUUUUUAGUUUUCCUUUGUUUUUAACCUCUUAAUUGUAAGCGACCAUUUGACGCAUAUUGUGGUCUCUCUGUUCGGUAUACGAAGAAGUUUAACUUUCACUAACAACAUGAAACUACACGUAUGCACAACUUAGAAACUGCAUGAAAUGAAUUCUCUGCCAAAAGUUAGAUGUGCUGGGACUUCCUCUCGGAAGAGACUCCCUGUGUGGCGAUUCUUGUGAGCGAUCACUUCCCGUAAGCGACCAGUAAACCUCCGCAUUUUGGGUGGUCGGUUGCAGCAGGUUCGACCGUAGUCGACCCUCCUAUUUCCAUCCUACCAUGACUAGAAAAAGUUCCCGUAGCAUCAUUCUUCCGGCAGGUAGCUAUCAUGAAUGUCUCCCCCGGGAUAAAAGCAAUGGUCGGAGGGGGGACGGGGGGGCUUAUAAGAAGAGGCACCUUUUACAAGGAAAGAGCGCCUAAUUGUCUCAUCACUUCCAUGUCUUUUUGCAGAUUUACGCCUUCGAUAAAAGUAGUUGCCUACUGUUACCUGUAGAAGGGGAGCGUUUUCAAGGUAAAUUGUAGAAAAUCUUCGAAACUUAGGUCCCGUUUAAAUGGAGAAAACUUGUUCUCCGCGAGAAGAGGGGUCACCCUCCUAACUGAGUCAACUUUAAAGAGCGCUUAUGUGAGAAAAAAAGUUGACCCCGUUGCCUGAGCGAACAGCGCUCGCGCAUGCUCUGAUUGUCUCACCUUCACUGAGUUGACCCAGCGCUGGGUGAGCCAAAGUGUUUAUAUGGAGAAAAGUUGGCCCGACUAGGAAUGCGACUCUACCAUCACAAAAUAUUAACCCGGGUCACUCUACCAGCCGAGCCAAUCUUUUGUUUCUUAUGCAUGUAAACGGUUCGUCGUGUUUUGUAAGGAAAUGUAUGAAAAGGUGGCUCGCUCAGGGUAGCUUUGGUAGGCGGGCGACCCUUCCACUCGGGACAACUUUUCCCCAUAUAAAGGUGUCUUAAGUAAUCAUCAUCCAACCUAAACGCGCAAGGAGACUUGAGAACACGAGGCAUCAGUGGGGAGAAGAAAAGCUACAGAAGAAGCGCCAUUUCGCCAAUUCCACCCAGCAGAUAGUUCACAGUUCCCUAUUUUUCGAAAGAUCGUCAAGAUCGAGGGUUUACCAGCACAAACGGCUAUCUAAAUUUCAUAUGUACCGAGGGGCCGUUGGUCGGGGCUUAUAAUCGUUCCCCGCCCCCUAAUUAGAUUUGGCACUCAUCCAAGAUAGCCGCCUGUGACGUAAAGCGCUCGAUCUCGACGAUCUUACGGAAAAAUAGGGGGCUGUGCACGGGCUAACCCCUUUCCCGCCACCUUUCGCCAAAAUUUACCUAUAUAAAAAAGAAAUCCGAGCAAGAAGCAAUUCAUAAUCAACACAAUUAGAAUUUUCAACCGUUUUGUUUUUAAAAUUGAUCACACUGUGUGAAUAAUAUUAAAGCACAAACAAUGACAAAGAGAGAGUUAAGAAACCUUUAGAGCUGAACUCAAAAUACAACAAAACUAAACUGUUAUUGUCGGCGAUAGAAAGACUAUAACGGAGAAGGCUAUUUCGCCACAGUACUGAGACUAAAUAAUUCUCUUUCACAGACAGCUCAAAACGACUUUUUUCUUUGCCCAAAGAUUUACAAUCAGCCCGGUUUACUUUUUCUUCGGUAAAUUCAAGCUUUUGGUUUCAUGUAUGAUGUUUGUAAAUACUCUUAAAUCGAUCUUUCGUAUUUUUUCCUUCAUUAGCUCUUCCUACAAAAGUGCCUAAUACCGCCAAACCGAGUACAACGCCAUCGCCUAGUACAACGUCACCACCAGGUACCAAGUAGAUUAGGGAGCUUACAAAAUGAUACUGUUCUUAUCAGACCUAUAAAAGCUUUGCCACCGGUCUUAUCAGACUUACCAAAGUCUUAGCACUGGUCUUAUCAGGCCUUUCAAAGUCUUGCCACUGGUCUUAUCUGAUCAGACCUAUCUUUAGCUAUCUUUAACAUCUCUUCUCAUUUUUCAAACAGUUUCAUCAACUGCUGAAGCAAGCAUUUCAUCCACGACCAUAGCAGCCAUUACCGUACCAAUCGUCCUUUUUGUGCUAGUAGGACUAGCGUGGUGAUACCGCAGGCUACAAGGAAAAUCAAAGUCAUGAAAAGGAAAAUCAAGUUAGGCAUAUAGCGGCGGUAAUAUUUCAAUGAAUCCAUGCAUAGUUUGAUUUCGUUGAGACAGUCAAGAGAACUUGUAGCCUGUGUAAAGAUGCACGCUCUCCAAGUUUUCUUUUUGAAGGGAGGAGGCGUCUGUACACAAGCUAGAGAACUUAAUGCAAUCUCCCUCAGUCAUUUUUCCUAGAAACGAAAAUGAAAAUUUUUCUUUCAACUUCCGGUAAUUAAAUCUUUCAAGUCAACUUUCAAGUAGAUUUUUGCUUAAUUAAUGCGAAGAUAAAUUCGAAAGAGAAAACUAGAUUAUGCUUAUUACAUCUGAACUCACUGCACAAACAUUUGAACUCGAAAGAAAACUUUGAAAAAUUGCUGGUGCAGAUAUCUUUAAUUACAUGUAACAUGCUUUUAGGAAUAUCUGCUUCUUUAAAAUUACUGCUAGCAGAAUAAAAAAGUCUAUAAUUCGACAGUUUUUUCGAUUUAUGUAAUUGUUCGUUGUCUCCUUUUUUUCUCUUUUUCAUUUCACUCUUGGAGCACUGAACUCGUUGACUGCACGUUGCGUCCACGUAGAGUUCCAGGUGCGUUCCACAUAGGUGGAAAGGCCAGCGUUGUGACGGUCUUGUUCAUCUAUACUGACUGGCGAUGCUCUGAUAUCGCAUGGUAGCCUAGGAAACUGGAACUCACCACGUCGUGUCUGAUUUCAAUCGACACUUCGUAUUGAACAGGGACUUUCAUCCCUCUCUCAAAUACCGACCCUCUCUCUUGCCUCUUAGUCUUGUUCUAUUUUAGCUUAACCCUUUGUUGUUGUUUUAACGCUUUCUCGUAGUUUUAACUGAUUAUUAAAAAUGUCAUUUUACCACCCACAAUACCAGUUGAAUUAACUUAUUUCAAGAGUUGUUUCAACCACUAAUAUAUGUCAUUGAAAUUUCGGUUUGGAGCGUGUAAUCUGUUAUUGAAAUAGUCGA